AUGAUGGACGAAAGCCUCAAUGAUAAGCUCGAGAGGCUACUCUCCUUAAUGGAAGCCCAGUUGGAGCUUACCAGGCAAGGGCAAUGCGAAGAGCAACUACACCAUGCUCAUCUGAGUGGAGAGGAGGCGAUUGAGCCCUCCCACCCAGAAGAUCGAGAGGCUAGGGAAGGGAUGAUGGGAGACUCUCCCACACCAUCCCCAGCAUCGCAUCCAAGGCAGGUGGUAUCAUUUGUGGAACCGAGCGAACCGCCAGUCAACAACUAUGACAAGUACGCCUUACCCACCAGGCCCAGAUACUUCAGGCCCCAUGUGGAUCCAUACAACCGGCCAAGGGCAGAAUCUCAUGGUUUUGACCAAGAGGAUGAUGCGAGCACCUCUGGAGACCCCAGUCUCUUGCGCUCCAAGCUGGUCACCACUCCAUUCCCCAAGUUCAAUCCUAGAGAUGUUGAGAUUUUCAUUCUCGAGGCUGAGGCAUGGUUCAAAUUCAACCAGGUCUAUGAGCAAGCAAGGAUGAUCAAUCAUAUGGGUGCUCAAUUGGAAGGGAGCACUCGCGAAUGGUGGACUUCCAAGCUUUGCAUCGACAGAGGCCAAGAAGGAAGACUGUUCAAUGAUUGGCAUUAUUUCACUGAGCACCUGACAGAACAGUUCAAUCCUCGGAAUGCCAGAAUGGAGGCCUACAACAAACUGUUGGCUCUCCGGCUCAUGAGUGAUGCACCAGGUGCUGCCACAUGCCACGUCGAGCGGUUCAGAGACUUAGAAGGACAGGUUAACCUAGAUGACAAUGAAUUGGUCAUAGACUUGUUCAGAGGCAGCCUCACACGGAGCCUCCAGGAGAAGUUUGAGUGGAACCCACCUGUGAAGAGGUGGGAAUGGUAUCGAGAGGUUGAAGAGAUUGACCGACAAAGGAUGCUGCUACAGCAGUCCUCUGCCCGGCACCCAAGUGCCAUUCCAUCGCGACCAAAUCCCGGAGCUCAACCUAUACCACUGGCUCAAGGUCCAUACCCCACUCAACAACCGGCACAGACCAUUCCAACUCAACCGCUGGCACAGACAUUGUCAGGGAACCUUAAUCGACCAACCAAUCGCCUUCCCCCCCACCAGCUUGUCCAGGGUCUGAAACAAGGGAACCCUGCAUUAAGCAGCAGCACUUGCCAUGUGUGCAAAGGUAUUGGUCAUUGGGCCAGAGACUGUCCAAGCAAGAAGGUGGACUCCCUGGGCCCAUGA